UUCACUUUCUAUCGUUGAAGCACUCAUUGCCGGUGUGCUUUUCCCACUCUGUUAAAUUGGUUCUCUUUCUCUCUUUCGCCUUCAAACCCUUCAACUAGAAGGAAGAAGAAGAAUAAGAAGUGGGGUUCUCUUCUGUUGAAGAAUUCAAUCUUAGUCAUCUGGUUAAGAAAGCUCUUGUCACCAUGCUGUUUGAAAGAGGCUCGCCGGCGAGGUGCUUCAUGACGCCGCCGCCGCAGCCGCCUACGCCAUGGAAGACAAUACGUUCACGCUCUCCCAGUGUGCCAUUUUCAGAGAGAAAGAAAUCACCAAACUCUGUGAAUAAAAGUGAUCUUUUUCAUAUAAUUCACAAGGUCCCUUCUGGGGACUCACCUUAUGUUAAAGCCAAGCAAGUUCAGUUAGUAGAUAAGGAUCCGGGAAGAGCAAUUUCCUUGUUUUGGGCUGCCAUCAAUGCUGGAGAUCGUGUUGAAAGUGCCUUGAAGGAUAUGGCCUUGGUGAUGAAGCAACUGAAUAGGUCCGAUGAGGCAAUUGAAGCCAUCAGAUCUUUCCGUCAUCUUUGUCCUUCAGAAUCUCAGGAUUCUCUUGACAACAUUUUGGUUGAACUGUUUAAGAGAUCGGGCAGGGUUGAUGAGGAGAUCGCCAUGCUUCAUCACAAGUUGAAGCUAAUUGAAGAUGGCAUAACCUUUGUGGGAAGGACUACAAAACAAGCAAGGUCUCAAGGGAAGAAGAUUCAAAUAACUGCUGAGCAAGAGAUAUCAAGGAUACUGGGUAAUUUGGCCUGGGCUUACUUGCAAAAAGAAGACUAUAAAACUGCUGAAGAACAUUACCGGAAAGCAUUGUCUUUUGAGGUUGAUAGGAACAAGCAGUGCAAUUUGGCAAUAUGUUUGAUGCAUAUGAACAAGAUCAAAGAAGCAAAGUUUCUACUCCAGGCAGUACGCACCGCUACAAAAAAUAGAAAGAUGGAUGAAUCGUUUGCUAAAUCCUUUGAACGCGCUUCUCAGAUGCUGAUUGAGAUAGAGACAUCAUCAUCAUCAGAGAAUGCAUCAUCUUUAACUAGAAAGAGCUCUGAUAGAGUUAAGAGUAGGACAGAAAACCAGUCUGACACAUCUGAGGGGGAUGUAUCUCAUGCCAGGAGGAGAUUGUACCAAUCCCCUGAUCCUGGUAGAAGAGACCUGAAUUUGUAUGUUCCUUGCACAAAGCCAAAAAGAUGUUCAUGGGGCUUCAACCAUGGACAUCGAAGGGAAGCUUGGGGAGAUGUCCAUUCAGAUUCUAAAUCUUCAUUUGGGACUCCUUCUACAGAUAAGCAUGUCACAAAGAUGCUGAACUCAAGAGAAAAUGGUUUUUCUUCACCUGCCAGUGAAAAGUGGAGGGCAAGUACACUGGAAGAUCCUGCUAUACUAAAGCAUGAAGAUACAACAGUAACAAGUUCUGAUUUGUUACACACUUUGAAUACAGAAGCAGCAGUGGAGUUUAAAUCUUCUGCAGGAGACAGUGGCCAUAGAUCUUUGAUGUCAGAAUCUUCACACGCCAUGGUUGAGAAUGAUAUCGAUGACUUUGCUUCUGGAAAUGGAAAACCACAUGAGAAGAAGAGUUGGGCAGACAUAGUAGAAGAAGAACAAAACCAGGAGAAUGACUUGUUCAGUUACAUCAAUUUUGAUGGUGAGGACGGUGUAGAAGUGUUUAAUGAUGAAAAUGAAGACUCCAACAUAAUCUUUCAAAGUCCUUGGCCACAGAAUCAGCCUGAAUGGUCAAGCAAAAAGCUUGAAUCUUUGGAACAGAAAGAUGGAUACUGUGCAUCUGGGAGUGCCGUUUCGUCAAGGAAUCCAACAGCAAGGCGUUCUCUGUGUUUCAACCCGGAACUGAGUUCAGAAUCAGCAUAUUCCAUUUGCACAUCAAAAUCACCAAAAAAAGCUUCAGACUUGGAAAUCAGGGAGUCAUUGGUUGGGGAGAAGAAGCUAACAAGGAGAAGCAGGUUACAGGUGUUUCAGGAUAUUACUCUUCUCCCUGAAACCCCCCGAUUUGUCUAAGAUUUAUUUGUCUCUACACAAGUAUCCUCAUGGAUGGGGAAGGAUCACAUUGUUGGCUUAAAUAAGGAUCUUAUGGAUGGAGAAGGAUCACAUUGGUAAGAGUUAUUGGUUUAAUUACAGGAUCAUGGAUCACAUUUAUUGAAAGAAGUUGUCCAUUAUGGUAGCUUAUUCUUUCAUUCAUACUUUUUUUUUAUUUGUAACAAGUUCUGCAGAUUCAUGUUCAUCUGCCACAAUUCCGGGUUGUAUUGAAACUGGUAGAGUGCCAAUAUUUCUUGUACACUCACAGAUUGUUCUUCAAUUUUCUAGUUUCAUUACUGACAUUAUGCACUGCUCCUUCUACAAUGAAUAGAAAAAAAUGUGCUUCUCUUUGUUCUAUAUUAGGAUUUGGAAAUUAUUUUCAUCUUUAUCGAAGUGUACAAGUUUCUGCAGUGGGAUUGAGACUGGA